AUGAAUCUAGACGGUUAUAGCCCCCCAGCGGGCCAAUCGCUUUCAUCUAGCGAUGAGUCCCUAUCGUUGAAUUGUGAUCUUCUUACGGAAUCGUUAUUUGAUGAGCAGUCUUUGGUGAAUUUCUUCAACGAGCAGCAGCAGCGGGACUUCAAGACCAGGGUCAUCCGGGAAGCGUUGGCUGAUCACAAUGUGGAUGCACUCUCGGUUCUCGGGAUGAGCAACUUCGGUUUCGUUAACACAGCAUUGAGGAAGGAGAGCUGGCUCGCUCUCCUAACGUCUCAGCUGCGACUAGAUAGUGGGGAUGCAGAUGGAGCGGCCAGUGAUGUCAGCAGGGAACAUGUCGAUGAGAAUCAGGUGCAGCUGGACGUCAGGAGGUCGUUCCCGGAGGUGAAAGACCAGCAAAGGAAAGCAUUGCUGAGAAAGGUGCUGGAAUCGACCAUUAUAAGGUUGCUGAGAAAGCACCGGAAGCUAAGAUACUACCAAGGAUACCAUGAUGUCGUUUCGGUGUUUGUAACGGUCUACAUAGAAGGGUAUGGGUAUCAUGGGACUGGUCAGAAUGACGAUAAUCUCACAAUGAGUGAUCUGACCAGCAGAGGGGAGGAGAGCCAUUCGGCUCCGAACCUGGAGGAAGUGUCGAACAGUGGCAGUUCGGCUUCCACUGAGCUUUACGAGGGCGAAAUUAGUGCUAAGGACUAUCUCCUGGAGGACAAGCUAUUCAAAUGCGUGGAAUCUUUUACCUUGUUGUACCUACGUGACUUUAUGAUGGAUUCUCUGGACUUCCCCAUCGAUCAGUUGAAGAUCAUCCCACAGAUGAUAAAAUCUCACGACAAACGCCUAUUCAAACAGUUGCAUCUAGACAAAGUUGAACCAUUCUUUGCUAUUUCAUCUAUUUUGACCAUCUUCUCGCAUGAAUUGAAGCCGUCUUCCGAUCGGUCCGAUUCUCAAAUCUACCAAAUAUUUGACCACAUCAUCGCUUCACAAUCCAUGCUGGUUCCAUUGACCAUGUACUCAACGUUGAUCAUGGAAAGCAAGGACACAGUGCUGAAAGAAUACGCAGCCAAUGCCACUAACUUUGAAAACACUGUUGACCUUGUUCAUGGAGUGAUGCAGAACGUUUUGGUCUCCGCUUCUUACGAUGAAAGGGUGUGGAGGAAAAUCCUUUAUAUGAUACGAUCCAGGCCUGUCAAGGAUAACCCCACCAAGUAUAAGAAGACGGUUAAUCAAUGCAGUGUUUUAACGACAACCGCUUCAGGACAGAAGAGGAAUACCAGCUACGAGUUGAAAUAUGUCACAGAUCUGCUCGAUCGAGAGAUUGAACAAAACAGUAAAAGGAAAGCCCUCCAGCUCCGGAGAAAGUUACGCCCUCAAGAGACAAAGCCUUUCCUAAGAUUAGUAUGGUAUGCGCAUAAUCAUGCGAUACCAUUUGUAUGCCGACUCUCACUUCUUAUCGGUGUGAUAGCACUACUGAUUAAACUUUACCGUGAUGGUAGCACAAGGAGUUGGAUACCAACAGCAAAAUACUAUGCUCGGAAAUUUCAGCAUUCCUAUAUUGCAGGUCUUUACCAGGGAUCUAAAAUUAUUUGGCUAGACCCACUGCACGAACUUCUCAAGAACUCCUUUGUCUCGAAAGCAUCACAAUUUACCUCGUCUUCCGCUCGCCACUGA